UGGGAACUUUGUCCUCAUUGAGUUGGCAUAAUCCUAUUGACAACGACGACCAGUUUUUUGUUUGUGUAUGUGCCCAAAGAAUCUCAUCUGAUAAUGUCUGCGGAUCAAGAUAUUUUAGUUGAAUUAACCAGAGAUGAGUUGCUCGAAUUGAAAGUGAAAUAUUGUAGUUUCGAUGAUGCAUAUUACGUUUAUACAUUAAUAGACUCGGCGUUGAGGUGGUGGGGGAAUAAAGAAUUGACGAUCACUUCGCCAGGUGACUCAUGGAGGAGAGAUGGUUCUGUCGUUGUAUUCUUCGAAAGAGAUUUUCCUGCCGUAUUCGCAUAUUCCCUCGAUAAGUCCUGCGAAAAAAUCUGCGAGGCCUUAUCGAAAACCAGCAGGAUCGACCCAGCCAUACCCUGGAAAUUUCAUAAUAUCGCUGAAGAACACAUGAAUGCCUUCUUGACUUUAUUUGAAAGUCUAGGGCGGGAAGUCACCAGUAACGAUGAGAACAAUUUCUACAAGAUGAGCAUCGAAAAAGCCAAAACAUUGAACAUCGAACUACCGGAAGAAGUGUAUAUCAGGAAGUUGGACAGGGAAUACGCCCAACAAAUGAACAAAGUGUGGCCCCAUAGCUUCGAAAAUUCAGAGAAAAAGGUGGGCAACUGGAUAGAGAACAACGUAGGAUACGGAGUGUUCUUGAAAGAUGGAGAUGUGUUGGUUUCUUGGGUGCUCCAGGGAACCCUAGGACAUAUCAAUAUGUUACAAACGGAAGUUGAAUACAAGGGCAGAGGUUAUGGGAAAUUAAUUCUGAGAGUUAUAGCGAAGUAUAUAGCUGAAAGCGGACAUGUUCCUGUAGCUACAGUUCUAACGAACAACGUGGUUUCGAAUUGUCUGUUCAGAAGUCAGGGCUUUGAAGUGGCUAAGAAUACGUAUUUCUUCAAAACCGUUCCUAAGCAGAUGUUGCGUAACACAAUUUGAUCACAGAAAGGAAAAACUGUUUAUAUUCCGAAAUUUCGUAUUGAUUUUUUUAUUAUUAUUAUUCUUUUUUUUUAUUCAUAUUAUUCAAGUAAUAAUUUAAUUACUUUAUAUUUGAAUGUUUUCUGUUCCUUCCAAUUCAUUAUCCAAUAUGUGGUUGCAUCUGCUAGGUAUGGGUUUCAUAAUAGCAGAAUCAAAUUCUAUUUUUUGUACGCUUAUCAUUUCGAUUAUUAUCGCAAAAUUACCCUGAACUGUUAAAAUUUAAUGGAAAAUCGAUUAAAAGAACAUAAAAAAGACAAUAA